AUGCAUUGGGUCAGUGUCUUCCCGAUCAAAAGUCUGUGCUUCUCCAGAUACGAACUCAAAUCACUUACAAUUCUUCCCAAGUUGGUGCUGUGGGAUGAAGGAGCUGACUGCUGCCGAUGGCCAGGUCUGAGUUGCAAUGCUGCUACUGGAUAUAUUACAAGCCUUGACCUCAGCUACGAUUACUCAAUCAGGGGUGGCUUCAAUGUUUCUCUCUUGCAUAAACUGCCAUCACUUUCUGUUAUUAGGCUUGAUGGGGUCAACUUCUCUGCUCCAUUUCCAGACUUGUUCACGGAUUUCACCAAUCUGACUGUUUUGACCCUGGCAGAUUGCGACUUCAGUGGAACAGUCCCACAGAAAGUAUUCCAGGUACCAACUCUGCAAACCAUUGACUUAAGUUACAAUUUCAUGCUUGGGGGUUCUUUGCCAGACUUCCCCGAAAAUGGAUCUCUCAAGAGCCUCACACUUCGGGAGACGAUGUUUUCUGGGAAUUUACCCGAGUCCAUAGGAAACCUCAGACUGCUGUCCCAUAUUGACCUUGCAUAUUGUGAUUUUAGCGGAUCAAUCCCUGUUUCUAUUAUAAAGCUUAGCAAGCUUGUUGAGCUGAGUUUGUCCCAAAAUUCAUUUUCAGGACCCAUUCCAGCAUCACUAUUUUUCCUGCCAUCACUUCAAACCUUAUAUCUGGAUGGAAACAAGCUUUCUGGUCAUAUAAAUGAAUUACGAAAUGUGACUUCUCCACUUGAAUAUCUUGAUUUGAGUAGAAACAACUUAGAAGGGACAAUACCUUUGUUCUUCUUUCACCUUCAAAAUCUUACAUCACUAGAUCUUUCAUCAAACAAAUUUAACAGUAUUGUACAUCUAACAAAAUUUAAAAGCCAGUAUAUUGAAACUCUUGACUUUUCCAAUAACAAUUUGGUAAUUGAGACAACCAUAAGCACAUCAAAACUUCCCUUACUCCCUCAGUUUGGAUACUUAAAUUUGGCCUCCUGCAAUUUGCAAAAAAUUCCAGAUAUUUUGAAAAGCCAAUCUAAAUUGUGGUGGUUAGAUCUUUCCAACAACACUAUUAGUGGAGAAAUUCCUAACUGGAUAUGGGGAAUUUGUAAUGGGCAAUUCUCUCGCCUCAAUCUUUCUCACAAUAGUUUGACGCAUAUGAAAGAGCCAAUGGAAUACGGUUCUCUUUAUUCCCUUGAUCUAAAUUCUAAUAUGCUAAGUGGACAGAUUCCACGACCACCACCUUGGGCAAUGUAUUUAGACUUCUCCAACAACAAUUUCUCCAUGAUUCCUCUUGAUUUUGCUGAUCAAAUCCCAUAUUUCCUUCAGUUCUUUUCCAUUGCAAAAAAUAGAGUAAGUGGAAAGAUCUCAACUUCCUGGUGUCGAGCAGCCUAUCUGAAAGUGCUGGACUUGUCCUACAACGCUUUGCAUGGCACAAUACCAUCAUGUCUGGUUCAAAAUAACAGCAAUCUCGUUGUAGUGAAUCUUAGAGGAAAUCAUUUAAGUGGUGAGAUAUCACUGAAGUUUCAACAGAGUUGUUCUUUAGACGCAUUAGAUCUUAGUCAAAAUCUCUUAGAAGGGAAAGUUCCUCCCUCCUUGAUCAACUGCACAGAGCUUAGGAUCUUAAAUCUUGGAAACAACAAAAUAAGUGAUACCUUUNUGUUGAUUGCGUUCUAA